AUGUCGGAUGCUUUAUAUAAUGAUUAUAAAAAUAAUUAUGAUGAAUAUAUGAAAACUGUGUUAUAUACUGAGAAGAUAAUAAAUGAUAAUAACUCAGAUCAAAACAAAUUAUUAAAUAUUUAUGAGAAAGCUAUAAAAAGUGCUGAAAACAUGUUUAAGCGAAUGCAAUUAGAAGUAGAAACUAAUUCUAUGAUAGAAAAUGCUCAUAAUGAAUUAAAUGAUAUGUAUAAUGAAAUAUCAAAAUGUAAAACAAAACUAAGAAAGUUAAAAGAAGAAAUUAUGAAAAAAGAUCAAAGAAAUAAUGAAUUGAACAACUAUGAUGAUCGUAUAUUAUUACUUAGUGAUGUAGAUUUACUAGAAAAAGGAGAUGUUUAUAUAAAUCAAUCAAAAAUACUAAUGGAUAAUACAGAAUAUAUUAGUAAUGAUGUUAUGAAAAAUUUAAAUAAACAGAGAGAAUGUAUUAAAAAAAAUAUAUCAAAUAUUUCUUUUGUUUCAGAUAAAUUAGACCAAGCAAAAAAAAUUAUGAAGAAUUUAAAAAAUAAAGAAAUAUUAAAUAAAUAUAGGUUAUAUAUUAUUUUUUUUUUCAUAUUUCUUACCUUUUUUCUAAUAGUUUGCGUAAAAUAUAAUAGAUAUACAAAAAACAAUAGUAAUUCAUAUAUUCAAGAGAAAAACAAUGCAUUGAUAGAUUUUAUGAAUAAUGAAGAAAUAAAUAAUUUAGAUAAUAAUAAUUCAAAUAAUUUAGUCAACAAAUUAAAUGAUGUAUAUGAAAGCAAUAGUAUAAUGUAUGAUUUUACAGAAAAAAAUAAAAACAGUGAGAAACCUAUAAAUAAUAAAAAUUUUCAUGAAUCUUCAGUUAAAAUUAAUAAGGGAGAAAAUUAUUUCUAUGAUAAUAGUAAUAAAAAUGUGGAUGAAUAUAACGUAAAUGAGAAUGAAGAUGAGAAUAAAAACAAAGAUAAAGAUGAAAAUAAUAGCAUUAAUGAAGAUGGAAGUUUUAAUGAAAAUUGA